GAGAAAGCCAUCAGCAUCUGGGAAUCCAAGAACUUCUUCAUUGAGCUGGACCCGCUCCCCGGGGCCGUGGAAGCUGUAAAGCAAAUGGCAAAUUUGGCAGACACCGACGUGUUCAUCUGCACAAGCCCGAUCAAGAAGUACCGUUACUGCCCUUACGAGAAGUACGCCUGGGUGGAGAAGCACUUCGGCCCCGAGUUUCUGGAGCAGAUCGUUUUGACGCGCGAUAAGACGGUGGUUUCUGCUGACCUGCUUAUAGACGACAGACCCGAUAUAACAGGGGCUGAGCUGAACCCCAGCUGGGAGCACGUGCUCUUCACAGCCUGCCACAACAAGCACCUCCAGCUGAAGCCCCCCAGCCGCAGGCUGCAGUCCUGGACCGAUGACUGGAAGGCCAUUCUGGACAGCAAACGCCUGCCACCCGGCCAGACCACCUAA